CCGUGCCCGUUUAAUACACCGGCGGUGCUGGUCUGCGCAGCUCAUUACACGAACCCACACGCAGUAGCGAUGACGGGAAAAGCUGCUUUGGCCGUCGCGCUCUUGUGCCUGUUCCAGGCGCUCAACAACUGCGAUGGAUUUAUGAAUCUCAGAGAGAAACGUCAGGCGGAAGAAGGUGACGAACAGUCGGUAGACGAACUGUGCAAGAACCGACCACCGGACGAAUACUUCCGUUUGACCACUGAAGGCGACUGCAGAGACGUCGUGAGGUGUGACCAAGCAGGCGAGAACGGCAUUACCCGUCUCGCGGGCGUCCGAUGCCCGCAAGGAUUAGCUUUUGACAUUGAUCGUCAGACAUGCGAUUGGAAAACCCGUGUGAAAAAUUGUGACAAAGUGGAUAAACCCAGAAAAGCUCUGCCGAAUUUGAAAACCGAUGAGCCCGUGUGCCCAAAGGACCAACUACAAUGUGGAAACGGUGAAUGUAUGAACAGAGAUCUGUUCUGUAACGACAGGGCAGAUUGCAAGGACGAGUCUGACGAAAACGCAUGCAGCGUGGAAACCGACCCGAACCGUGCCCCGGACUGCGAUCCCAACCAGUGCGUGUUGCCCGAUUGCUUCUGCUCGGCCGACGGAACCAGAAUACCCGGAGGAUUGGAACCCAGUCAAGUACCUCAACUGAUCACGAUUACGUUCAACGGCGCCGUAAACGUGGAUAACAUGGAUCUGUACGAGGAGAUUUUCAACAACUCUGCGUCCGGCCGAUUGAAUCCCAACGGAUGUUCCAUCAAGGGAACGUUCUUCGUCUCACACAAGUACACCAACUACGCUUUUGUGCAAGAAUUGCACCGCAAAGGUCACGAAAUCGCCGUGUUCUCGUUGACCCACAAGGACGACCCAAAAUACUGGACCGGCGGCUCCUACGACGAUUGGCUGGCCGAGAUGGCCGGAGCUAGGCUGAUUACAGAAAGAUUCGCCAACAUUUCCGACGCCUCGAUCGUCGGCAUCCGCGCCCCAUACCUGCGAGUGGGCGGCAACAAGCAGUUUCAGAUGAUGGAGCACCAGUUCUUCUUGUAUGACGCUUCCAUCACUGCAUCGUUGGGCCGCGUACCCAUCUGGCCCUACACACUGUUCUUCAGAAUGCCACACAAGUGCAACGGUAACGCGCAGAACUGUCCUAGCCGAAGCCACCCAGUGUGGGAGAUGGUCAUGAACGAAUUGGACAGACGUGACGAUCCCACUUUCGACGAGUCUCUACCAGGUUGUCACAUGGUCGACUCGUGCUCGAACAUACAGACCGGCGAGCAAUUCGGCCGUCUGCUCAGGCACAAUUUCAACCGUCACUUCAGCACCAACCGCGCCCCGUUGGGUCUGCACUUCCAUGCCUCGUGGUUGAAGAGCAAACGAGAGUUCAAAGACGAGCUGAUCAAGUUCAUCGAGGAGAUGUUGAAGAGGAACGACGUAUACUUCGUCAACAUGUUGCAAGUCAUCCAAUGGAUACAAGCACCGACUGAUUUGGAUAAUAUGAAAGACUUCCCAGAGUGGAAGGACGAAAACAGUAAGUGCGACGUUAAAGGACAACCGUUCUGCUCGUUGUCAAACCCGUGCCCGUUGACUACCAGAGAACUUCCAGGAGAGACAAUCAGACUGUUCACCUGCAUGGAAUGUCCCAAUUACUACCCGUGGAUAUUAGAUCCAACCGGUGACGGAUUUUCCACGAGGAGAAAACGUAAUGUCCACUUAAAUUUUAAAAAUAAAUACGCACGGAUCUAGUCGCAAUUCAAAUACAAUGUCGGUUCAAGUUUAAAAGGAAAACCUGACAAGACGACGCGUUUAUUGUGAUUUUUUUUUUUUAAACUGUUUCAUGCUUUACGUUUCGUUGUUUUUUUUUUCUUAUACAUCUGGUUGAAAGGAAAUUUGGAUGUAAAA